AGUUCAUUUGUGCUCUUUAACGUAGCCGCACCUCUUUGCAACAACACAGAAGAGCAUAUCUCUUUUUUUUUUUUAACAAGAAAAGAUUUAAUAUCAUUCCUGGACUUUUUUUCCCUCCAAGAGAUUUUCUUCUUUUGCUCUUUGUUUUUUUUUCCCCCUCACAGGAGUCUUUGUCUGUCAAAGAAGACUACUUGCCUCUUCUUCUUUUUUUCUUUUGCAUUAAAAACCACACAUAUAAACCAAAAAAAAACCGUCGCAUAUUUCCUUCAUUUCCUUCUUUUCCUCUUUCUGCUCUCGAGCCACUGAAUUUGAAUGCACAACUCGAAUAUAACUCUAUCAGAGCCGCCCUUGCUGUAACACCCGAGAAGAAAAGAAUUUAAGAAACCGUCAUCUGUGGAAAGGAGCCCUCCUACGUUGAUCUAAGCGUUCAAUCUGCCUAAUUCGCCAGGUUUGUCUUGUCCUUUUUUGUGUGUGUGCGUCAUCUACCUUUUCCCUCUCCUCUAAUUCAAUUCUAAAAGAAUAUAUAUAAGAGCGUAACUGUGAGAAAAGAGGAAAGUAAAAACCGCCGUUGCCUAUUCGUAGCAUCUGUAUUUUGUCUUCACUACGCUUCUUUUUUUUUUUCGUUUCUCUCUCAUUUUUAAGGCUGGAAAGAAGCAAAAAAGAAGCUUUUCUGCUGUACGCAUUAACGCCUCUUUCUCCUUCCGCACUGCAGCGUUUUUCUGUGUUACGCCCUCAGUUACACUUCUACGGGAACCAAGCACGGCGUUGAAAAUAAAAAAAAGGAGAACAUCUCUACCCUUAUAUACAAAGAGAGAAAAUGCAGCAGAAAUUUUCUCUAAACUUAUUAGUAUUACUACUGUUAUUGGCUUUUUUUUCUUUCACGGUUGUUUUUGAAACCCCCUUUUUCUUGGUUUCUUUGCUAUUUUGCUGUAUUUAGCCACCUACAUAUCAUACGUUUUUUUUUGUUUGUUUCUUGAAAGUUAAGUGUCCUUUCUUUGUUGUGAAGCGAAGCUGUUCGAUAUAAAAAAUAAAAAAAGAAAGCUUUUCGUUUUCGUACUCCAGAGGCCCGCCACCGUGUACUCUUCUAUUUUUUUGUUUUUACAUUACAGUUCGCCAAACAGCACCGAAAGGAACCAAAGAGGACACUCGCAGUGUACUUCAGUGUAUCAUUAGGCGUAACCCCUGACUACGAGAGCCUCUUGUACAAGCCAAGUGCAGUUUUCAAAGAAAACGAAAAGUCGCUCUUGCCUUGUCUCUAGCUCGUUUCAAAGAAGAAGAUCCUUUUUUUUUCUCUCUCCUUGUCACCUGAUAACAGAAGAUCCCCUUCCGCACCCCAAUCCCCGUAAGCGCAAACCAUGCCUGUUAACAACCGUGAAAAGGGCGGCUUCCACCCACCGGACGCCUUCUCCUCUGCGGAGCCGGCGGCCGCGAUGCAUCAGGAUCCGAACGCCGACAUCGCCGCCGCGCCAGCGGCAGCACCCGCGGGGGGUCCGCCUGUCGCCCAGGUCGCCGCGGCCUCGUCUGACGCCGCAGGUGGCGCCUCCUCCGCCGCGCCCCGUCAUAGCCCCAACGACCGGUCUCCGGCGGCGGCGCAGUCGGAGUCGCCUCCUGCGCCGACGACCGCCGCCGCCUCUGGCGCCUUCACCUCCUCGUCUAACCAACCUUCCAAGGGCGUGGACCUGGACGAGGUGGACAUCGAGCCCAAGGCGAAGUCAACGGAGGCCGAGGUGGUGCAGCCGGACUACAUGUACGACAGCGCCGAGGCGCAGUUCGCCGAUGGCGAGAACGGCGGUGCGAAGGACAAGGACGUCGAGAUGGCAGAGGUCGAUGCCGACACGACGUCCACCGCAGCGGCUCGCCGCGAGGGCCACGUCGACAGCGACGAGAACGCCAUGAACUUCGGCGACGAACAGGGCGACGAGCCCACCCCCGAGUUCUACGACCCCGCUGACAAGUUUUGGGCGCUGCAGCUGAAGAACGUCUUCGAGCUGGUGCAGCUGGAGGACCCGCUGUCCGGUCUGGAGAACGAGGACGCCCCGCGGCACGCCAAGGCGCUGGGCGACAACAUCAUCCCGAUCAAGGGUGGCCCAAGCUGGAUCAUUAUUCUGUUGAAUCAGUUCAAGAACGCCAUCACGAUUGUGCUGCUGAUCGUUAUUGUCAUCAGCGGUGUCUUCAAGGAUUGGGCCGAGUUCGGUGUCGUGCUCUUCGUCCUUUUCUUCAAUGCUUUUCUCGGUUUCUACCAGGAGUACGGCGCAGAGAAGUCGCUGGCGAGUCUGAAGCAGAUGACGGCCGGCGUGGCGAAGGUGCUGCGCAGCGGUGUGCCGGAGAUCAUCUUCAUCGACGAGGUUGUCGUGGGCGACGUCAUCGUGCUGGAGCAGGGCGCCUCCGUGCCGGCGGACUGCCGCGUCUUCGAGUCUAAUGGACUGGAGGUGGACGAGGCCCUGUUGACGGGUGAGGCGCUGCCGGUCGUGAAGCACGCCAACGUCAUUCACGACCCUGAAAACCGCCUCGCCCUCGGCGACCGCAAGAACAUGGUGUACCGCAACACCCUCGUAACGCAGGGGCGCGGCAAGGCCGUUGUGGUAGCCGGCGGCCUGCACACCGAGAUGGGCAAGCUCGCGAAGCGCCUCAACGACGGCAAGAGUGGCGGAAAGACGGCCCUCAUGAAGAAACUGGACUACAUGAUGUACUUUUUGUUUCUCUGCUGCGCAGUUCUAGCCGUGGUGGUGUUUGCGGCGAACAAGAUGAAGUACACGCCGGCUACGCUAUCGUACGCGACGGCCGUUGCCAUCGCUAUUCUGCCGGAGUCGCUGUGCGCCGUGAUUACGGUGGCCAUGACCGUCUCGGUGAAGCGCAUGGCCCAGCAGAAGUGCAUUGUGCGGAAGUUGCCCGUGCUGGAGGUGCUCGGCAACGUGACGGACAUCUGCUCCGACAAGACCGGUACGCUGACGGAGAACAAGAUGGUUGUCAAGAAGGCCGUUAUCAGUGUCGAUGACAUUUACAGCGUCGGUGGUGCGCCUUACGAGACCUACGGCGACUUCUUCCCUGCCAUGAAGAACGGCGUGAACCCGUCGCCGGUGCAAAUGUCCACCAAGCUGGAUGCAGCGUACAUCUACGAGUUCAUGAAGUGCUCCGCGUUGUGCAGCACGACGGUGUUGCACAUCUCCGAGGACGACGCCGACACGCUCGCCGGCAACGGUAACCCGACGGAGAUUGCCAUCCAGGUCAUGACGUGGAAGGCGGGGAUGAACCGUGACAGGCUGGAGGAAGAGGGCUGGGAGUGCAUCACGGAGUACGCCUUCGACUCCAAGAUCAAGCGCAUGUCCACCGCCUGGGAAAACAAGGCGAAAGGCGAGCUGUACCUCUGCACCAAGGGUGCCCCCGAGCGCGUGAUUGAGCUGUGCAACUACAAGCUGGAUGAGCAGGGUAACACGCAGCACUUGACCCAGGAGGACCGCGCGAAGGUGGACCAGCACAUCAAGGACCUCGCCGCGCAGGGCCUCCGCACGAUUUGCCUCUCGUACCGCAAGGACGCCACCCGUCUCUUCCCCAUCCCGACCAACCAGCCCUUCAUCGACGCCUACGACCGCGAUCAAGUGGAGAAGGACCUGGUGUUUCUCGGCAUCGUCGGUAUCUACGACCCGCCGCGGCCGGAGUCGCGCCCGUCCGUGAUUGCUUGCCAGCACGCCGGCAUCUGUGUCCGCAUGCUCACCGGCGACCACACGUCCACCGCCGGCAGCAUCGCGUCCAUGCUGAACAUCAUCAACCGCCGUGACCUGGAGGACCCGGUGAAGCUGCAGGCGGGCCCCGACUUUGACAAGAUCGACUCCGACAUCAUCGAUAGCUGGGCGGACCUUCCAGUGGUGGUCGGCCGCUGCUCGCCCGAGUCGAAGGUGCGCAUGAUCGAGUCCCUGCACCGCCGCAAGCGUGUUGUGGCCAUGACGGGCGACGGCUUCAACGACUCACCGAGUAUCAAGAUUGCGGAUAUCGGCUGCGCGAUGGGCUCCGGCGUGGAUGUGACGAAGGGCGUCGCCGAUUUGGUCAUUACCGACGACAACUUCUCGACCAUCGUCAAGGCCGUCGCGGAGGGGCGCCGUAUCUCGCAGUGCAUCCGCAAGUUCGUCGUGCAUUUGCUCUCCAGUAACGUCGCCGAGGUUAUUGCGCUGAUUUGCGGUCUGCCGAUCAGCCACGAGGGCGAGUCUGUGUUCAUCUUGUCGCCGAUUGAGAUUCUGUGGUUGAACAUGUUCACCUCGGCCCCGCCAGCCACCGGCCUUUCGCUCGACCGGGCCACCGACGACAUUCUGCAGGUGCCACCGAACACUGCCGGGUUCUUCACGAUCGAGCUCAUUUCAGACACCGUCGUGUACGGCUUCUGGCUCGGCGCAGUCACGCUGUGCGGCUUCGCGGUCGUCCUCUACGGCUUAACGGAUGGACCUGCCGGGACGCACUGCAACAAUCACGACGGCUCCGGCUGCUCGAGCAUCUGGCGGGCUCGCUGUACCGCCUUCGGCAUUCUCUAUUUUGGCCUGCUUCUGCACUCCUACACCGUGCGGCACCCGCGUCUAUCGGUCUUCAGGAUGCACUGGUUCGACAACAAGUGGAUUUACGGCUCCUGCAUCCUCGGCACGGCGCUGUUCGUGCCGAUUGUGUACGUCAAGCCCAUCGCACACGGUCUCUUCCUGCACGAGAUGAUCACCUGGGAGUGGGCGGUCAUCGCGAUUGGCGUCAUUAUUUUUGUCGCCUCGUGUGAGAUUUACAAAGUUAUCAAGAACUGCGCCUUCCCCAUCAGCACAGUUCUUGUCGAGGUCGACAGUGAGGGCCAAGAGACGGAGGAGCAGCGCCAGAAGGAGUACAACACUUUCACGCGCGCCAUGCCGGAUGACCGUAGCGUCGAGGAGAUCGCCAACGAGAACCUGCGCAUGUCAUUCGCCUCUCUGGCGGGCAGCGUAGCAACGGCCAAUACCGGCUCCUUCCGCGUGCCGGCGCAGCAACAGAAGAAGAAGAAGCGCAUCUCUCUCUUCCGCAGGCGCGCGUAA